AAAUAUUUUUCCACAUCAGCUCCAGUCACUCCGGGAUAUUUGGGAUGCUAUAAUGAUGUGGAUGCUGCUUCUGAUAAGGAUCUCAAUCUUGCCAACACAAAUCAACCAGCAAUGACAAUUGAAUCUUGUAUUACGUACUGUCUACAAAACGAUUACCUCUACGCUGGACUGCAGGCUGGCAGGAAUUGUUAUUGCGGCAACUCGUAUGGAAAGCAUGGAAAGGCGUUGGACAGUGAUUGCAAUUCAAAAUGUGCCGGGAGUAUAACGGAAACAUGUGGAGGAACGUUGAAGAACAGCAUUUAUUCACGUAAACACGUUAGUUGA